GCACGUACCCGCGCGCAGCCAGGGAGGUCUUGCUGACGGCGCUGCUGUCGUUGGUGCUCUGCACUGCCCCGGCCCGACGCUCGCGGCUCCGCGGGCCCAUGGUUAGGGAAGUCAGGAGCGACGGUCAGUCCCGGUGGGGUGCGUCACUUCCGGGAAGAGCGCACAUCGCCAAUCAGGAUUGAGGAGGGUGCAACUGGUGCUGACGUUCGGCUGUGAUCGACAUUUCUUUGAUUCUCGGGGACUGCGGUUUCGCGGCUAGACUGACGGCUGCGGCUUAUUGUGGACACGUAGACUGUGUCAGGGAAGCGCGGGUUAUCACUUUUCUACAAACCUUCCUGUCUGAAGUGAAAAUUUAAGCUGUCAUAAAUUGACUCAACUGUUGACAAAAAUCUUUAAGAGGUGAGGCUGAGCCCAGAACUAUGUAUACUGUUUAUCUUAUCAAAAUAGGUGGAAGUGAAGCAAUCUGAAGGAAAUUCAAGACCACAGAACUUACUGACUGAACCACAUUGCAUUGUUCAUGCCAAGAAUAAGUGUUUGGAGAAGGACCUUGCUAUUCUGCUAAAUCACGAUGGAGGCAGAAGAACAACAGCCAUGGAAGACAACCUUUUACUCAAAAUUACCUAAAGUGGAACUUCAUGCCCACUUGAAUGGAUCCAUUAGUUCCAAUACCAUAAAGAAAUUAAUAGCCAAGAAGCCAGGUCUUAAAAUCCACUAUCAGAUGACUAUGAUUGACAAGGGAAAGAAAAGAACUUUAGAAGAAUGUUUCCAGAUGUUUCAAAUUAUUCAUCAGCUUACUACUGGCCCUGAAGAUAUUCUAAUGGUCACGAAAGAUGUCAUUAAAGAAUUUGCAGACGAUGGUGUCAAGUACCUGGAACUAAGGAGCACGCCCAGAGAAAAUGCUACAGGAAUGACUAAAAAGACUUAUGUGGAAUCUGUACUUGAGGGUAUAAAACAGUCCAAACAAGAAAACAUAGACAUUGAUGUUAGGUAUUUGAUAUCAGUCGACAGAAGAGGUGGCCCUUCAGUAGCCAAGGAGACUGUUAAACUUGCUGAAGAGUUCUUCCUUUCUACUGAGGAUACAGUUCUUGGCCUUGACCUCAGUGGAGACCCUACUGUAGGACAAGCAAAAGACUUCUUGGAACCUCUUUUAGAAGCUAAAAAAUCAGGUCUGAAGUUGGCAUUGCAUCUUUCAGAGGUAAAUAAUCAAAAAAAAGAAACACAAGUACUCCUGGACCUGCUUCCUGACCGAAUUGGGCAUGGCACAUUUCUCAACUCCUUGGAGGGAGGAUCCCUGGAUCUGGUGGACUUUGUGAGGCAACACCAGAUACCGCUCGAACUCUGUUUGACCUCGAACGUCAAAAGUCAGACAGUUCCAUCUUAUAACCAGCAUCAUUUUGGAUUCUGGUACAGCAUUGUCCAUCCUGCCGUGAUCUGUACCGACGAUAAGGGUGUUUUUGCAACACACCUUUCUCAAGAGUACCAGCUGGCAGCUGAAACAUUUCAUUUGACCCAGUCUCAGGUGUGGGAUCUGUCUUAUGAAUCCAUCAGCUACAUCUUUGCUUCUGACAGCACCAGGUCUGAUCUGAGGAAGAAGUGGAAUCAUCUGAAGCCAAAAGUGUUCCAUUUUUAAGCUGUAAUGAGGUGAACUACUUUUGAGUAUGUAUUACAACCUAGAUCUCCCUGCUGUAUCCCACUUAGUAAGCUGUCCACUGCUCCCUCCGUGGAAGCAUAGCAGCCAAGUGCCGUGGGCUCCAACACUAGCACCUUACUCAUGGCAGAUGCCCAGUAAGUCUCUCUUAAACUGACUGGGAGGCUCUGAUGUCAUCCAUGGCUUUACCUCCAUGCUGCUUACAGGAAGGGACUUGAAAGUUGCUGCUCACUGAACUCCCCAUUCCAGCAGUGAUUUUGACUUAACAGUCCUUCAUUAGUGAUCAUGAAACUUCAAGAAAAUCAAAGUAGGUUCUCAUCAGGAAAAGUUUUGGAAUUACUAGUCUAAAUAAGGUGCAGAGAGAAGGAAAAACAGAUUGUCGCCAAAACCUUUAAGCCAUCUAGCUUGUGAUGACAGCUCUGUAUUUUGUUGUGCUUAAUCAGACUCCCUUCACUUAAGUAGUCCCCAGAACUGUGGACUCCAGGCUACACUGCGUACCAUGGAUUUUUGUGAAUCCCAGCAGCCAGGGUUAAUCUCCUUUGGGUGGGUGACCCUAAGUGACAGAUAAAGCUAGCUAGCUUCUGAUAUCUGCCUUUGCCCUUCUCAUGAUUAAUCCUCCUGGAGUCAAGAUACAUUUUAGAUUUUGAAUCGAAUAAUGGAGAGAGAAUUGAUCCAUUCUUAUGUUCAUAUCUCAUCUUCCCUCCCCUAACUGGUUACCAUAAAAAUAAUUCUCUACAGAGUUGACAAGACAGCCUCUCUUUUACUCAGAUUACAGUAAAAGAGAAAUGGCAGUGCUCUCUCUCUCUCCCUCUGUAUAUGUAUAUAUGAAUGUAUGUAUAUGUGUGUGUGUGUGUGUGUGUGUGUUUUAAAUUCUGUGGCAUUGGCCAUAGAGAAUAAGCAAUAAAGGGAAGAAUGACAGCAUGGGGAAAAUAAAAAGAAAUAAUAGCACUAAGGAAACAAUUGAUGAGAACGGAUAUGACUGUCCAGCUCCUGCUAAUAUAUUCUUGCUUCCUCCAUCCAGUCUGCCCCUACAAAGGCUGAACGAGUAUUAAAACGGAGGGGUGCAUAGAUCCUCUUACUCCCCCAACAGUGGGCUUGGUUUCUCUUUCUUAGAAUGUUUGAAGACUGUGUAUUAUUUCUUGCUUCUUCCAUCCUCACGAGUGGCAGAUUGGGUGGCAGAUAAUGGUUUGUGAGCUAGUUUGAGAUAAAAUUGGGUUUUCCCUGGUAAGAGUUUUGCCUUUGCCCUAUUCCUUUUUUUUUUUUUUUUUUUUAACAUCUUUAUUGGAGUAUAAUUGCUUUACAAUGGUGUGUUAGUUUCUGCUGUAUAACAAAGUGAAUCAGCUAUACAUAUACAUAUAUCCCCGUAUCCCCUCCCUCUUGCGUCUCCCUCCCACCCUCCC